GUGGACGGGUAGUCUCUCAUGUUUGUACUUUGCCAGGCUAAGUCUGAAAUUAGUGUUCCAGACAGACAGCCAUCAAACACACUGCCAUCAUGCUGAUACUCCUCGCCGCCAUCUUUGCCUUGCACAUCAUUGGCAUUAUCCUACUCCUGGUUGCUACCAUUGACAAUGCUUGGUGGGUGACUGAAACCCUAUCCACUGAUGUAUGGGCCAGGUGGAUAUAUAUGAAUGGAGCAUGGAACUACACUGAUCUUCCAACGGGUUCACACUACCCACAGGACUACCUCCAGGCAGUGCAAGCCAGCUCUGUGUUGGCCUGUAUAUUCUCCAUCCUUGGAAUCUUUGUGUUCGUAGCUCAGCUCUUCACUUUAGACAAAGGACAGAGGUUUACCAUCUCUGGCGUUUUCCAAGCCCUGGCCUGUCUCUGCAUUAUGAUUGCAGCCUCCAUCUACACAGACCGCUUCCAUCUCGAUGAGAAUUUUGGUUCUUAUGGUCACUGCUAUAUCCUUGCAUGGAUCUCAUUUGCGCUCACAUUCAUCUCAGCCAUUACUUACUUUGUGCUACGCAAGAAGACUGCAUGAGAAUGAUACUAGAGUUAACGACAUCCAACCAAAACUGUUUGGCUGGGUGAAUUAUUUUAGCAAAAAAUAAAAAAUCUUUAGUUACCGAGCAAUAGCAGAUUGUAACAUUCCACAAUGGCAGUAAAAUAGAGGCACAGCCAAUUGGAGUUGUACUGGAGUGGACUAUCAUUCCCAGUUUGGCCUAAAUAUACAAAGUAAGUUUGCAUAUUAUUACAAAAUAGGUUUUAAAAAGUAAAAUCUGUGAUCUAUGUGUGUGCAUUUAAACAUGGAUAAAUGAAAAAGGGGUGAGUCUUAUUUUGUUUUUUUUUUUUCUCCCCAUUUUUUUUACUGUAC